CUCCUGUCUGUGGGGACGCUAAAAUGAUUCUGACUUAUCAUGUCACUGAGCAGAGCUGGGGGAAGCCAAAACUCAGAGUCUGCUGGCAAGGAAAAUAAAGAAGAAGAAAAAAAAAAAAAGGCAGGGAGGAGCAAACCAGCGGGGGAGGAAAUAAAAAGAGAGAGGGAAAGACAAGCGUCAUUUAGGAAGGGGUAGAGUGAAAGAAAGCGCUCAGGAUCUAAAACCCACAGCAUUUUAUAUCUUUUCUCCUCCCCAGAGAUCUCUGUCCCGUCACUUUACUGACAGAGUGCUGUGACAGGCUGCCUUCUCAGAAGUCCAAGAAGAAGCUCAAAGGCUGCUGUUCCUUCCCUCUCAAGUCCAGGGGUCUCCCUGGUAAUGGAUUGCUUCUCUCUGACUUUUUGCCCUGGUGAGACCACCCAGAUCUAGUCUGUGAGCUCAGCUAGGAGACGCCGCUGUAACAAUGACAGACGAGCCCAUAAAGGAGAUCCUGGGAACCCCGAAGUCUCCCAAGCCGGUGGCAAUGGAAAAGAAUGCCAACGGCGAAGUGGUGGUUACCAUGGUACCCCUGGUCAGUGAGAUUCAGCUGGCGGCCGCCACCGGGGGCGCCGAGCUCUCCUGCUACCGCUGCGUCAUCCCCUUCGCCGUGGUGGUCCUCAUCACCGGGACCGUGGUCACUGCCGUGGCGUACAGCUUCAACUCCCACGGCUCCAUCAUCUCCAUCUUGGGCCUGGUCCUUCUGUCCCUGGGACUUUUUCUGUUAGCGUCUAGUGCUCUGUGCUGGAAGGUGAGGCAGAGGAGCAAGAAAGCCAAGAGGCGGGAGAGCCAGACAACUCUGGUGGCGAAUCAGAGGGGCUGGUUUGCUUAGGACCGAAUGAGACCAGCGAGGACGUGUGACCUGAAGGACCUGCUUUCACUUCGUCAGCCAGGGCGCCCAGGACCGCAGUGGGGAGGAUGCGCUUGGCAGGGACCAGAGGCGCGGGGUGGCCUCACGGCGGACGGCGCACGGGGCUCUCCUCUGGGAGCAAUGACUUCUUUCUUCUUCUACGACAAACUUAACUCCAAGGGCUAUUCUAAGACUGAAAAUCAGUGUUUCCUCUGUAUUAAAUAUUUUAGGAGUCAUGGGAGGUUCGUGGCAUUAGACAUUUUGUUGGAAAAUAGGCCAGAAAAGAUGAGUUCUAGCACACCAGUGACCUGCCUCCAAAGGAGAUAACCCACACUAUUAGGACGUUAUAUCCUAAGACUGUUCUGCUGAGAUUCUGAACUGCUUUGGACUUUGCAUUCACCCAUGAAAUUCUAUGAUAUUUCUUUUUCCCAAAAAGUUGAUUCUCUGGUAUCUGUUUAGUUUUCAUUUUCAGUAAAGCAUCACUGGUGGUACUUUUCUUGAGGAAUAAACUAAUUUUUUUUUUUUAUGUUUUAACAUUGAACAGUUCUUACAUGAUUGUAAUGAUGUGUCAGAUCAUUUAAAAAGGUAAAAUGUGUAGCUACUAGAUCACAUGGGGGGAUAAAUUAAUAUUAAAAUAAUCCUAUACAGCACUUUUGAUGAUUUUUAUAUUUCAUGUAAAAUUUUAAGUUUCAUGUACAGUUCAUUCAAAAUAAUAAAUACUCAUUGCUGCUGA